AUCCGAGUGUUAUAAGACUUGAUCUAUACUUCCGCAAUAACCGCGACUCUGACGACGACGCAACGCGUACACCUCGCUAAGCGACAUCAUCGCCCAGGAAGGAAAUCCGUCGUUUUCUAGACGUGGAAUCCUACCGCUUUCAACAAUAUCUACCACUACCAUCUAAAUAGGCUGGCUUCAAGACAUAUGGGUUUAUGGGAAAACGCGAUUGAUAGUUUCUGAUUAGUUGAAUUGCAUCUACAUCUAACAAGACGCGACAACCUCGUGCCUCUGGCCGUGGCACUUUCUCUAACAUUAUAUUUAACCCAGCUAACUUUUACACUGGAUCAUGUCGCAAGUCAACGCCUCAGGUUCCUUGACGGGCCUCGGACACUCGUCACAAUCUCAAAAUAUCCCAAGUUCCCAGAAUCAACCACUCAAUUAUUCAAGCAACGAUUCCCAAGAUACUACCGCCUCCAAUGAUACGGACCGUAUCUUCACUCCGCCCGAAAGUGACAGUGAGGGCAGCAAUGGAAUAAGAAACAGCCAUGGCUCGAGUCAAGAGUCCCAGCUCCUGCAGCUCUCUCAGCUCGCUGCAGCACAGCAGAGGAUGGGCGAGGUAGACGGGGCACCUGCGGCUGGUGGUCAAUCAAGAAAGCGAAUGGCCGACGGCGUGGUCAAGCACAAGAGGAAUAGCUCAAGUGUGUCUCCAAUUCGACCUGGCCACUCUAGAAACACUAGCACCGUGAGCAUAGCUUCUACCUCUAGUCGCAUCGGAGAGCUAUCGGCUGAAUUGAGGACCAAAUUGUCUUACGCCAUGGUCAAGGUUAACAAUGGCUGGCAAGGGCAUUCUAUCGAUGAGGUCGAGUCGCUCGCGUCUCAAGUUGCCUCUCCCACCUCCAGCACAUCUACGUUGCAUGGUAGAUAUGGGGCGUCUGCAAGCCCUCGAGUUGCAGUUGCUCCUAUGAGACACAGGGCUUCAAGCAUGGUUACCAGCCCUACGACGCAACAUCCAUUCCAAGGUCGCUCGUAUGAGCCAUUAUGGAAAGAGGGUAACAUGAAGUCAUCUGCUUCAACAUCACCCAACACCCAAGUGCCCGCGCUAGCUCCACCUGCACCUAUACAACCACGUCAGCCUAACCAGACCCAUCCUCGUCGUAGUUCCAACGCAAGAUUUGCACCAGCUUACCUAUCUCACCCGCAUCACGUUUCUCCCCAUACUCCGGCCCAGCCAAGUCCGUUACAAGCCACUCCGGGUCACGGGAAUAUCAGGACACCCAAUGUUGACCCUAUCCUCUUUUCUCCGCACCAGAAUGUGCGGGAGCAGGAAGCGUUGGAGACGCUGAUGUUUAUGAGUAGCCCUGGAAACUCGGCGAAUGUAAAGCAUGCAUUUCCCUCGUCUCUCCCUUCAUCACAAGGGUCGCAACCAGUACAGCCGUUACAUCCGCCGCAAACGCGCAACGGCGGACGAACUGCUCUCCCUACCUCGCGACUGGGUUCAGGGGCCGAGGCCGGGAAUCAGGGACGCAAAAGUUUACCAACGGCGCGGCCGCAACAUAACCAUGCGCCCCAAGUCAAGCGCGUAGGAUUUGAGAAGUCACCGGGUAUCUACGGUGGGAUGGAUAUUGAUGACCCGCACGUAUCUCCGCGAAGUAGAGGCACACCUCGUCGCCGAACGAAUGGAUCGGCUCCGCGACCAUCUUUAUCUAUCCCUGCUGGCCUAAGCGGCCCGUCCCGGCCGAGAACAGCACUGCGGGGCGACGACAUAGAAAGGAUGCUCGACCGGGUAGGGGCAGAUGACAGCUCGGACUCGGAGGGUGAGAUCCAUAUUCCCCAGAGUAGAAGAGUGAAUGGCCCAGUGGUAGGGGUUUGACGCAAUAUUCAUUUUCAUGGGGUUGCUAUACGGCGUACUUGGCGACUGAGAUUGUCAUUUUUGUCAGUUGUCUCGCGUAUAUACAUGUUUUCCGCAUUGUCAAAAAAGGAUGUAAUUUUUUUUCUCGGCGUCGCAUUCACGACCAUGAUGCAUUAAGCUACUGGGGGUUUUCAUGAGAUGACACUGGGGAUUGCAGGAGCAACUGGGUGCAUUUACGGGAGAUUUAUGAGCAUGAUGACUUGGGGUAGAUGUCGUUGAGGUGUAUAUGUUGGAACGGGUGAUGGGUUUCAAGCGUAGGCUACCUA